GAACGCACAUCAGGAUGGCCUCCGUAUCACUGCCACGCAGGAAGAACCUCUCCGCGCAACAGGCUUUGGCCUUGCUUCAGGAAAUGGACGAAGCAGAUUCUGAUGGAGGAGAGGUUUCAUUUGUCCAGCAGGCCACUGAUACCUCCUCAGAAGAAUCUGAAAAGGAGACGGAACAAGAACCCAACAUGCCUCCACAGAAGAGGCCCCGUGGUACUGGGAAGCCCAGCCAGAGCCACACGGCAAAAGACAGCACUGUGUGGGUUGAGGAGGACAUUGGAAUGCCCAGUGCAGUAGCAAAUCGUUCGUGCUUCACUGCGCAAGCUGGACCCACAGAGUCUGCUAAGCGCAAGAUUACAAGUGUGCUCCAAAGCUUCCUUUGCCUGUUAGACGUGGGAAUGCUGCAGACCAUCAGAGAGUGCACGGUACAUCAAGCCCGCAGAACAGAGCCGGACUGGAAUUUGUCAGUUCAUGAACUGAUGGCAUUCAUUUCAAUCCUGUUUGUAAGAGCAAUCAUGUGUCCUGUUGGUGCCAUUGUGGAUUGCUGGUCAGAAGGAUUUCUGGUACCAGUAAUCAAAGAGACAAUGCCCCGAGAUAGAUUCAUUUCAAUUAUGCAACACCUUCGAUUUGAUGACAGGGACACGCGGGCAGAACGGGUGAAAACAGACAAAUUUGCGGCAAUCUCCGACAUCUGGACACGCUUCAACGAGAACUGAUCUAAGAGUUUCACUCCAGGAGAACACAUGGCCAUAGAUGAACAGCUGUUCCCUACCAAGGUUCGUUGUCCAUUCACACAGUAUAUUGCAACCAAGCCAGACAAAUUUGGGAUCAAGUUCUGGAUGGCCACGGAUUUGGACACCAAAUAUGUCUGCAGUGCAUCUCCUUACUUGGGAAAGGACCCCAGUCGUCAGAAGGGAGAGAGGCUGGCAGAGAACGUGGUCAUGAAACUGAUGGAGCCGUUUUUGGAUGAUGGGAGAAACUUCACAACGGACAAUUUCUUUACUUCACUGUCACUGUCGCACAGACUGCUGCAGCGCAAAACAACGUUACUGGGCACGGAAUAAAGUCCGGCGUGAACUUCCUCAACUUGCAAAAGAUACUGCAAAGCGAGAGGUAUUCUCCACUUCAGUGCUUAGAAGUGGCAGUGUCUCCUUGACAGUUUAUGCACCUAAAAAAACCAAGACUGUGUGUCUUCUAAGUUCCAUGCACCAAGACGUGACGAUCGGUGACGGCAGAAAGAGGAAACCCAACACGAUAACAGACUAUAACCACAUGAAGGUAUGUGAAUGUGUGUCCAAUUUUACACCAGUGCUACAAU